AAAAGCCAUGUGUUGCGUUCACAGUGCGUUUCAGAUUAUUUCCACACCGCUCCUGCGACAUGCAGCACAAGACACGAAUGCAAAUCAGUCUAAAGAAGAGGACCGAAAGACAUUUAACUCUGAAAUGAAAAUGGACGUUUUGGCAAAUCACAAACUUUGGGAAUCUGUGGAUUAUUGCAGAAGACUGAUACUUUCACAACUGGAGAAGCCAGAAGAAUGACAGACAGACUCAUGACAUGCUAACUACGGGUGGAAGACCUGCAGAGAUGGAUUCGCUGUACAUCGCUAUUGAAUUGGUGAUCGCUGUCGUGUCAAUCGUUGGCAAUGUGCUGGUGUGUUGGGCUGUGGCCAUCAAUUCAACUCUCAAAAACGCGACCAAUUAUUUUUUGGUAUCGCUGGCCGUGGCAGAUAUUUUGGUCGGUUGUCUUGCUAUCCCUUUUGCCAUCACUAUAAGCAUUGGUCUGGAGUCAGACUUUUAUGGAUGCCUUUUCUUGGCGUGUUUUGUUCUGGUACUGACUCAGAGUUCAAUAUUUAGUCUCCUGGCUGUUGCCAUCGACAGAUAUCUGGCUGUCAAAAUACCCCUGAGGUAUAAAGAGCUUGUCACAGGGAAGAGAGCAAGAGAGAUAAUCACCAUUUUAUGGAUCUUAUCUUUUAUCAUUGGACUUAUCCCAUUUGUGGGCUGGAACAAAAGAUACACAUCAUGUUCCAGAAACGAAAGCAACUCUAUACAGACUACCAACACUUGCACUGUCGCUGAGAUGGAAAUAGGCUUCUUGCAAAGCUGUUGCCUCAAGUGCUUGUUUGAGAAUGUGGUGGACAUGAGCUACAUGGUGUACUUCAACUUCUUUGGUUGCGUGCUACCGCCUCUGCUCAUCAUGCUGGGCAUUUACGUGAAGAUCUUCACUGUGGCGCGCAAACAGCUGCAUCAGAUUGAGCUCAAAUGCAGCGUGAGCAAUGGCGAGAAUCAGCACCACGGCUUGCUGCAGCGGGAGAUUCGUGCUGCUAAAUUGCUAUCCAUCAUCGUGGGCUUGUUCGCUCUCUGCUGGCUGCCUGUGCACAUCUUGAACUGCCUCACUCUCUUCUACAGCCACCUCAAGAAGCCAGGCUUCAUCAUGAACAUUGCCAUCAUCCUGUCACAUGCCAACUCCGCCAUCAAUCCCAUCAUCUACGCCUACCGUAUUCAGGAGUUCAGAGUCACCUUUAGGAAGAUUUUGAAACGACAUUUCCUUUGUCAACGGGAUGAGUUUUAUCUCAGCUCCAAUGGAAGUAGCAGACAUAGAGACCAGAUUACAAUGACCAUUGACCCUCUACUAUAGUUAAAGUUCUUUGUUGAAAUAUAUGGAGAGACAUGUUUACAGACCAAAGAACUGCAAACAGUCUAACUAUGUAUUUUCAACAUGUCAAAAGUUGUGGCCCACAGAUAAUGAAAAGUGUCUGGACAUAUUCAUGAUUUAUGAACAUCAAACUGUGAAAAAACUGUGAAAUAUUUAUGGAUUACAUUUCAACUUUCAAAUCUGAACAAGCACUAAGAAACUUGAGCAAGGGCGUUAUCCCAAUAAUACAAGCUUAGAGUGGUUACUGUGCCUCUGUAACUGCUAAACUCAACCAUGUAGAGCCUACAUGAAAAACAACAAUUAAACAAUAGGGAUAUCUGCUUUAGUGGGCAGCUUUGCCAAUUAAAUAACAGAAUAGCCCAUAAGAACAAUCAAAAUUUUAAAAGCUGAAUAAGAGGGGAACUCAAAGAAACAGUUUUUAUCACGACCACUGUUAAAUCAAUAAGUGUUGUUUUAAGUACCAUGCUUGAAUGUAUUAGGACCUUUUGAUGUUUUUGUAUAAUUAAAAUGGUUGAUUUAGAAUGCUCAGGAAUACACACGAGGUAAAGACAUAAUAACAUUGGUUGUCCACUCACAGUAUGUUUUAGUCUUGACAAUUUCACAAUGAUCCUGAAAACAAAUUUUUCGGCAAAUAUCUCCCACAUAUUUACUGCAUUCAGAUACACAGAGAACAUGUAGGUUGGCCCCAAUAAGUGUUCCGGCACUUAAGCAACACUUAAAGAGAUAGUUCACCCAAAAAUGAAAAUUCUCUCAUAAUUUACUCACCCUCAUGCCAACCCAGAUGUGUCUGACUUUCUUUCUU